UCUUUUUCUCCCCUCUCGCUCGUCUUCCUUCCUUCCUUCCUUCCUUUGCCCCCCUCUCUCGCGCAACAGCAGCGCCACAACGCAGUGAGUGGCACUCCCGUAAUUUCGCCGCCCCCUUGGCCGCCGCGGGGCGGGGGUAGGGGGAGGAGGAAGGGAGGAAGCCAUGGGCAACGCCAGCGGCAGGGAGGAGGAUGCUGCCACGGCAGGGGAAGACGACGUCGAGGACGGAGGCGGGGACUCGUCGGCCCGGUCGUCGGAGCGGGGAUUCCCUCCGUACGGAGGAGGCGGCAACCACGUGCGGCGCGCGUGCUCGGUCGGCGUCGUCGGGGCCAGCGGAGGGGCCGGAUCGCCGCCCGGUAGCCCCGGCCGCUCCCUCUCGCCGCGGAUGUUCGUGCCCCAGACGCCUGUACCUCCACUGGUAAGAGCUGCGGACGUAACUCCAGUGUUCAACGAAAUACUGAUGAAUGAACAAGAAGAAGAAUUUGAUGGCCCCCCUCAAAAAGAAAUUCCUGCUUUAAUUGUGUGGACUCUCGGUGGAAAGAAUGUAUCUGUUGAAGGAUCAUGGGAUAACUGGAAAUCAAGGAAGCCCAUGCAGAAAUCUGGGAAAGAUCAUUCUCUUUUGUUGAUCCUUCGUUCUGGAGUUUAUCGUUACAGAUUUGUUGUGGAUGGAGAGAGGAGAUGUUUUCCUGACCUUCCCUGUGAAACUGACGCCAUGGGCAACGCUGUUAACCUUCUUGAUGUUCAUGAUUUUGUUCCUGAAAGUGUUGAGAGUGUAUCUGAAUUUGAGGCGCCUCCAUCGCCAGAAUCUAGCUACAGUUUCCAGGCACCAGAGGAGAAGGACUUUGCGAAAGAGCCACCUGCUCUUCCAUCUCAGCUUCACCUCGGCGUUCUUAAUUCACAGAACUCAGAAGAAAGCUGUGCACGGCCCCAGCACAUAGUCCUUAACCAUCUUUUCAUUGAGAAGGGCUGGGGUGCUCAUCCGCUGGUGGCUCUUGGUUUAACCCACAGGUUUGAGUCCAAAUAUGUAACGGUCGUCCUGUAUAAGCCCAUAGAACGAUAGCAUAGCCGCUGCAUGAAGUUGAAGCUAAUGCUUGACAACUCACUGCGAAACUAGCAACACCGAGGCACGCCUCUUCCUGUAAAAGCACCCAGGUACAGAAAUUAUUUUUGAUAACUUGCAGGACAGCAGGAGCUUCGGUUGUGGUGUAUAUGCUGUACGAUCAUGACGUUGGCCCCCUUUGUUUACCUUGUGGCCGAGGGCCGAGGCGUCCGGAGUCCAUACAUAUCCGUAGUUCGUCAUUGUUCCAACACCUUACAGGAAUACUAGUAGAAUGUCGCCUGUUGAUUUUGUAAGGCGCCAAGUUAGAUCUUGUGAUUGGUUCAUGAUUUUUUUUUAAUGAUGAUGAUGAUGUUGUUGUUGUUAGGUAA